AUGGGGAUUUGUCUGUGUGGGUUAGGGGGGAAUGGGAUGGUUGUGUGGUUCUUAGGCUUUAAAAUGAAGAAGAACCCCUUCACUGUCUACAUCUUCAACCUGGCUGUUGCUGACUUCUCUGUGCUUCUUUUGUCUUUUCUGAUCAUAUUGGUAAAUUUUUGUGUCCAAGGAAUUUAUUUUCAUGAUCAGAAUGCCAUUUUUGCCUUCUGCUAUUGGGUACACGCACCGUACUACUUCUUUCACCUUACUGGUCUGGGUCUCCUGACAGCAUUAUGCACUGAACGAUGUAUUUCUGUCCUCUUCCCAAUCUGGUACCGCUGUUCCCGCCCAAAGCAUUUGUCAGCCAUUGUGUCUUGUGUUCUUUGGGCUGGUUCUGUGCUCUCUACUUUAUUAGUUUUAAUCAUUUUCUCAUCACUGCUAUUGUUUUCCAACUUGAUCCUGUUCAUCAAACUUCGAUAUGGCUCACAGAGGCGUCAUCCUGGGAGACUCUUUGUUGCAAUCUUACUCAACAUCCUCUUCUUUUUUGUCUUUGGGAUUCCUUACAGUGUAGAGAUAAUACUCUUUGUUUAUCAUUCAAAUGAAUUAUUACCUGAAAAUCUGUCUUUCUUGCUGGCAUCUCUGAACAGUAGCAUCAACCCUGUCAUUUACUUCCUGGUCGGGAGCUACCGUCAACGUCGGUUUGAGGCCUCUGUGAAAGCUGCCUUCCGCCGUGUGUUUGCAGAGAAAACAAUGUGCGAAGAGGGCAGCCAAGACCUCAGAGAUACUGCUGCAGAGAGCAGUGUGUAG